AUGAGCGGUAACCUUAUUCAAGAAAUUCCACCUGCUAAUCAAGAGAAUGUAACUAAUGAGUCACAGCAGGAGAAAAGUCAACUUGAUGUCGGCACAGAUGAGAAACCCUGUCUGGCGACCCAUGAAACAGAAACCAAGCCAGAACCUGAUGCUGAAAUUGAUGCCUCUAGACCCCAUGAAGAAGGAAGUAGAACUCUGUCUUGUGAGAAGGUGAACAGUGGUUCAGAUACACAGAUGCAAAAAACAAGUCCUGAAAAAUAUGGGGUGAAUUGUUCGCCUGGACCUGAAAAUGCUGUGGAGGUAUGGCAGCCUAGGCGGAACACCGAAACUGGAGAUUUUACUUCACUGUCUCACCAAAUAAUUGUUCCAUACAAGGAAGAAUCUAUACCGUAUCCGGGUGCUGCAAAUCAUGCAUCAGUGAGCACAAAAGAAAAAUUCACUCCUAUGAAAACUGAGAACUUCUCGGCGAAUUUGGCGAACACAUCAAGUUCGAGCAUUGGGGUGCCUGAAGCUCUAUCUGAUCGAGAAGCCUUCUCAUUUUCUGCAAAAUUUGAGAGAGUUGAGAAAUUGCAGCCCAGGCGAAACCCAGAACCUGCGGUUCCGAUCUCACAAUAUGAUGAAGAAAGUCAAAGCACUCCCUCUAGAGUACUGGAAAAAGGAUUGGAUGAUGGUUAUAACUGGAGAAAAUAUGGCCAGAAGCUUGUGAAAGGAAAUAGUUUCUUCCGAAGCUAUUACAAAUGCACUUACCCCAAUUGCCAGGCCAAAAAACAAGUUGAAAGAUCUCAUGAUGGGAGUAAAAUAGACGUUAAUUUUCUCGGAAGCCAUCAUCACCCCAAACCACAAAAUAGCCUCCAAGUGACCUCCAGUGUUCAAGUACGGAAAACAGAUGUGCCUGUCGAUUCUGCAUCCAAGAGUGAUGCUGAGCCAAUCAUUGACCAUAGUGGUGCACGACAACUUGUGACACUGACUGAAACAUUAUGUCAGUCGCCUGUUGCAAGUUCUGAUGGUGUGAUGGGACCUGUUUCUUGCCCCAGAAAUGAUAUCAAUGAUAAAGAUGCUAAACGACUGAAAAGAGAGUUUACUGCUGCUGGUGACAAUGUGGUGAAUACACCGCCAACUGGGGAUUUACGUCAUGUUGUUCAAACUGUGAGCGAGGUUGACUUAGUUAAUGAUGGGCACCGCUGGCGUAAGUAUGGGCAGAAAUUGGUUAAAGGCAACCCUAAUCCACGGAGUUAUUACAGGUGUUCGUAUUCUGGUUGCCCAGUUAAGAAACACGUCGAACGAGCUUCCUAUGAUCCCAAAAUAGUUAUCACAACUUACGAAGGAGAACACCAGCAUGGUAUGUCUACUAUCAUAAGCCAAACUACAACUGCAGUUGGUACCCAAAAUCCUAUGACCACGACAAAUGGUGUGUCGAGAACAAAAGCUGAGGAGAAGGACCCAGUUGGCCUUGAAAUGGUUGUUCAUGUUAAUUCAAACUAA